AUGAACAAGCUUGUGUCCCUCGCCCUCUAUCGGCUUCUACUCCAUCCACUGCGAAAAUAUCCGGGGCCGUUCACAGCCAAGCUUUCCGAUUUGUACGGCGCUUUCUAUGCCUUCCAUACCGUUCUUCACGAGAGAACGCUCGAUGACCAUGCAAAAUAUGAUAUAUACCAAAACAACGACGUCACCAAAUCGAGGGCGUACCUUGUAUCGCAGCGAGCCCCCGGCGUCUACGGCCUAUUCAACGCAAUCGACCAGUCCCUGCACCAGAAAAAGCGCAAACUGGUCGGGCGGGCUCUGUCCCCGAAAUCACUCCAGGCAUUUGAGCCCGUCCUCAUUCAGCAGAUUGACAUUUUCCUACAACAAAUACGAAAGCAUUGCCGUGACGCCGGCGGCCCAAUCAACAUGACCAACCAGACCAAGUAUCUGUUUGUAGAUGUCAUGGGCCACCUGUUGUUCAAAUAUCCCCUGAAUCUGCAGACCGAAACGACGCACCGCGUCCUGUCGUACUCUCGGGCCAACUUCUUCUUCAAUGUCGGCAUGCAGCUGCCGUCGCUGGUGGCCAUGCGCAUAUGGGCCCUGCAGUCGCUCUGGUCCGUCAUCAGCAGGAAGCGCUACCUCCGGACGCUGCAAAAGAUCAUCCUCACUCGCCUCGCGCAGGGCCAGCACGUGAAGCAGGAGCUUCUUUACAUGUCGGCCAAAUCGACCAUUCCGAAAGACGAUGACGAGUGGGUGCGUGAUGUGCAGACCGAAGCGGUUUGGCACAUGUUGGCUGGGAGCGACACGACGUCGACUACACUCAGCGCUCUAUUCUUCUACCUGUCCCGCAACCCACGGUGUUAUCGGCGACUACGCCAGGAGGUCCGCUCUGCAUUCGCCCUUGAUGGCGAUAUCCGAAGCGGCGCACGGCUCGCGAGUUGCACCUACUUGCGGGCGUGCCUCGACGAAAGCCUCCGCAUGUCGCCGGCGAUUCCGGGCACGCUCUGGCGAGAAGAGGUCUCUGGCGCCAAGGCGUCGGCGAAGCCACUCGUUGUUGACGGCCAUGUAAUUCCGCGGGGGGUGCAUGUCGGUGUCAACACGUAUUCGCUGCUUCACAACGACGAGUACUUUCCUGAACCGUUCGUCUUCAAGCCUGAGCGCUGGCUGGACGCUGCGUCCGGCCAGGCGAACAAGGACGCGUUUGCGCCGUUUUCGCUAGGAGCGCGCGGGUGCCUGGGCAAGUCUGUCGCCUACAUGGGGACCAGUCUCGUCAUUGCCAAGACGCUCUGGCACUUUGAUUUCGAGGAGUGCUCGGUGGGUGGUGGAGUGCAACAGGGUCGAAGUGGUGAUGAGUUUCGUAUUCGUGACAUGUUCUCCGCCGUGCAUGAUGGGCCUUACUUGACGUUUCGCGAGGUUGGUCGUGGGGAGGAGUGA